GUCAAACUCGUAUUUUGGAGUGGUGGGUCUUGAAGACUUUUGUUUAUAUUAGUUGUUCAUUGCGUUGCAUUGCAUCGUUGUUGUUAUACUUGAAUUGUAUCUAUAAUAACGAGAGGAGGGAGUUGAGAGAAUGGAAUUUAUUGUAGAAAUCUUGAAGCAAGGCACGAUACAUUUCAGUUGACUCGGAGUUGCUGGUCAGAAGUGUCGCGUACAAAUUUUAAUUAGUUUAGGACAACUACUCUUUAUUUUUCGUAUUCAAAUCAUACUCGUGGUAAUUUUCUCAAUAUUUAAUUGAUUUUCUCUCUCCAACUUGAUACAAAUAGAAGCCAACAUGGAGCGAAAGUUUAUAAAUGUUAUUUUACUUGGAUUCGGAUUUAUGUUUGUGUUUACUGCAUUUCAAACUAUGGGAAACAUAGAGAAAACCAUACUCGACAGCAUAACGCAAGAUGACCCUGGCUUCAGCGGCGAUGGGUACACAUCCCUGGCCAUCAUCUACGCGACCCUGGCCAUCUGCAACUGGAUGGCGCCCUCCAUUAUCACAAUCACUGGACCCAGGGGCGCCAUGCUUAUUGGCGCCUUCACUUAUCUGUGAGUACUUACUUAGAAU